UGUAUCUUUGGUAGUAUUGUAUUAAUACUGGCUCUCUACCUGUGGGACUGACACCCUUAUUAUACCUUCUACACUUCCUACCCUAGACUUGUACACGCACAAACGCACACGCAUAGCGUGUGCGCAUGUGCUUUGUCAACUAUUGUUCACACAUCAUGAGAUUCUUGGGAUUUGUAUCAUUUCCCACUUCUCCUACGGCACCAUCGUCUCCUAAACUGCUGCUGCAGUCACAUGGAUUAUCCUUUUCAUCCAUGUCUAUUGCCACUUGGUUUAUGGUAGUAUUGGUAACUGCAGCAAUAGAUACACCCAUGAGUACUUCUCCACCCAUACAAGACAACAGAUCUCUACAUGUAAUAGCACAGUUCCCUGCAGGAGAUGGUCAACGAUAUGGAUUUUAUCCUUUAGAUCCAAAUACAACGAGAGAAGGUGCCCUCCGAUUUAAUCACCUUACUAUAGAUCCUGUUACAGGGAGACUGUAUGCAGGUGCCAUUAACAGACUAUUGCAGUUAGAUUCUAAUUUAAGACUGGAAGAAUAUGUUUCUACAGGACCAAGACCGGAUAAUCCUCAGUGUCAUGCAACAGGCUGCCCUUCUAGAGACAUAACAACAUCUCUAAUGGACAAUGUAAACAAACUACUAAUCGCCGAUGUUGAAUCACAAACAUUAAUCGCUUGCGGUUCUCUUCUCCAAGGUGCUUGUGAAAAGUACAAAAUGUCUAACAUAUCCAUUAAACCGGAGUUCAUUCCCCAUAGUGUAGCUGCUAACGACGAAGCUUCCUCUACAUAUGCUUUUAUUGGACCUGAAAAAUAUAAUGCAUGGGGUCAAACAAAUAUUCUGUAUGUUGGCACCACAUUUACUAAUCGGGGAGACUAUAGGCACGAUGUGCCCGCCAUUUCUAGUAGAAAUCUUCAUAAUUUAGAAUUCGCAGAAUAUACGUUUAACAAGCAGUCAAUUGUGUAUAUCGACGUUAAAUAUCGGGAUCACUUUUUGGUGAAAUAUGUAUAUGGUUUUAAUGCAAGCGAUUAUGCGUACUUUGUAUUGGUACAAAAGAAAUCUUUUCUUCCUGAAGAAGAGGAACGAGGUUACAUCUCUAGAUUGGCUCGAAGUUGUAUCAGUGAUCCGAAUUAUGACAGUUAUACAGAGGUGACGCUGGAGUGUACUGUUGACUUGGGAGAUGGAAAACAACAUUACUAUAAUUUAGUGCAAGAUGCAAAAGUUGCAUCAGCUGGGAGUGAUAUAGCCGCGCAAUUAGGCAUUUCCGUUGGCGACCCUAUUUUCGUUUCUGUAUUUUCACCAAGCAGAACCAUAACUAACGAGCCAUUGUCUCGUUCAGCCGUUUGUGUAUACAGCUUGCAAGAGAUUGAGAUGAAGUUCAAUGAAAAUAUUCAUAUGUGUUUUAAUGGUAGUACUAAAUAUAGGAACAUGGGUUACGUCAGUGGUCCUAUACAGGAUGGAAAGUGUCCUAUAGCAGGAACAACAGGUAACAUUCUGAACUUCUGUGAAGUGGGCUUGAAAAUAUCUGGCACAUCGUCAAUCGUAGGACAAGCAAUCUUACAUUUUCCUGAUGAAUUCAUUACCUCUGUAACAAUAGCUAAUACAGAAAGCCACACUGUAGCAUUUCUGGGAACUAACGAUGGAUUCCUCAAGAAAGUUUUACUUGCUGGAACUGAAGCAUUUGUAUAUGAAAGCAUUGUAAUUGAUAAGGGAAACAGAAUAAUGCCAGACAGUUUAAUUUCACCAGAUGGAGAGCAUAUUUACAUUUUAUCGAGUUCUAAAAUCUCAAAGGUUCAAGUAGAGCAUUGCAGUAGCUACACUAAUUGCAGCAGCUGUCUUGAUGCAAAAGAUCCUUACUGUGGAUGGUGUUCCCUAGAAAAAAGAUGCACUGUCAGAGGAGACUGUCAGAAGGCAAGUCAGAGCAGUCCAAGAUGGCUGUCUCUCGGUACAGGGCAGCAAUGCAUUGAUUUCGAGCAAGUUUUACCAGACCGCAUGCCUAUCAAUCAAAUGACCACAGUUCAUUUGACGAUCAGAACUUUGCCCGAAUUACCAGCUGGUGCAAAUUACAAGUGCGUCUUUGGUAAUGCAGAGCCUAUUGACGCAUUGAUGACCGUUUUUGGAUUAUUAUGUCCUACGCCACCCGUUAUGGAGAGGCCUAACAUACCAGAGGGGGCCGAUCAUGUAUUGGUACCACUCUCUGUGCGUUCCAGUGAGACAAACAAAGACUUCGUUUCACGGAAUUUUGCAUUCUUCGAUUGUUCCCGACAUACAGUAUGCACUGAGUGUGUACAAUCUCAGUGGCCGUGCAGUUGGUGCGUGUACGAUAACAAAUGUACGCAUAACACAAGCUGUCAGGGGAUAAUUUCAGGAGAGAACUACUGUCCAAGAUUCGUCCAACGCAAGGAACCCUUAAUGUUACCUAACAGUGUACCCAAAGAAAUAGUACUCGAAGUGGAGAAUUUGCCUCAUCCUCAAGUUGGACAUAGUGGUUUUCAAUGUAUCGUUACCAUCGAGGGUGCGAAUCUAAAAGUACAAGCUCGCGUCGACAGCAGUCGCCUCAUAGUUUGUGAUAAGACUGUUUACUCGUACGAGGCAGUGACAGGUGAAUACGAAGCGGAGGUGACGGUUGUCUGGAACACCAAUCAUCACGUCGACAAGACUACUAUUAAACUGUAUAAAUGUGAAGUGUUGGGUUCGCAUCGUGAGCAUGCAGACUGUUCCCUUUGCGUGACUAGAGAUGCUCGUUUCGAAUGUACUUGGUGCGGCAACAGUUGCGUUUAUAGGCAUUCGUGCUUACACUCGCCGUUCGCCGAAUGCCCAAAACCAAGGAUAGACAUGAUAAAACCCCUCAGUGGACCGAUUGAAGGUGGAACAUUGGUGACUAUCGAAGGCAGUAAUUUGGGAUUAAAGGAGAGCGAUGUGGAGGGAAAAAUUCAUAUUGGUAAUACUCCCUGCAAUCUGGUCGACUAUGAGGUUUCCGUUCGUAUAGUUUGCCGUACCGGACGACACGAAGCUACCGAUACGGCCUCUGUGGUUGUUGGUAACGACGCAGGUUACACCGAGAGUGCAGUGCUAUUCAAUUACAAAGACAUACGCUUGUCUGGUGUUUAUCCGGCAGUUGGACCACAAAGUGGCGGUACGCAACUCGCCAUCACUGGUAUGUACUUGAACAUCGGUAGCACCAUUUCAGCCUACUUGGACGAGCUACCAUGCCACGUAAAUGCAACGCAGGCGAGUAGUACUAGAUUGACUUGUGUUAGUAGUAAAUCCGAUCGAGUGAGAAGAGUAGAAAGACUGACACUGAGUAUAGAUGGUGCAAAUCGCACUUUAGUAGGUAACCCUUACAAUUAUACUCAUGACCCUACCAUCAUGGAGAUCAAGCCAUUAACAAGUUUCGCUUCCGGUGGUCGUAUGAUCACUGUCCACGGCACCAAUUUAGAUACAAUACAGAAACCUGAGAUGGAGGUUUAUUUCGACAAUGAAUCACUGCCAGUAAACAGAACUGUUUGCACUGUAUUGAAUCCGACUCAAAUGGAGUGUCCUAGUCCCAGUAUUGCCAAACGAUUUAUAUCCCUGCGACGUAACAAACGAGCAGCCGUUAAUGUUCAGAGCGCACCUGUACAGUCCUUGAAAUUGAAAGAAUCUCAGUUGUCGUUGAGGAUAGCAUUCAUUAUGGAUAACGUGGAGAGCGUCAAAGAUUUGGAGAAGCAUUUCAAGAAUCUCAGGAACCGUUUGUUGUAUGUCGAAGAUCCGAAAUUCUUGGCAUUCCCACGAAACAUUAAAUUGUACAAAGGCGACACGUUAGUCAUCGAAGGGGAGAAUUUAAUUUUUGCCAGCGACGAGUCUGACGUGAAUGUUACAGUGGGUACGAUGCCAUGUAAUGUGACUUCACUCGCUUCUACCCAGUUAGUUUGUAUUCCUCCUGAUCAACAACCUGCGGACACGGACGAGCUUGGAAUUAAAACUGAAAAUGGUCUGCCGUUGGUUGUGGUGAGGGUAGGAAGAAGCUUGCGUUUCCCCAUUGGUUAUCUUCGCUAUGAAGUAAUUAAAUCUUACCCAAUUCCACCGGAAGCAAUCGCUGGUAUUGCGGCUGGUACAUUCAGUCUGGUAUUUCUAUUCGUUUUGGUUUUAAUAAUUUAUAGGAGAAAGAGUACACAGGCAGAGAGAGAGUAUAAGAGAAUACAAAUACAGAUGGAUACGCUUGAAAGUAACGUUAGGAUGGAGUGUAAACAGGCAUUUGCCGAGUUACAGACAGACAUGACUGAUUUAACAGCCGACCUGGAAUCUUCUGGUAUUCCAACGUUAGAUCACAAGAAUUACAUUAUGAAAGUAUUUUUUCCCGGUGUGACGCAUCAUCCAAUAUUAAAUGACCCCAGAUCUCGCAGCAAUGUUUCGCGAACUAAUUAUGACGCAGCUAUGAUACAGUUCGAGCAGCUUGUUAAUAAUAAGUACUUCGUACUAACAUUUAUCGAAACUCUGGAGGCUCAAAAAGACUUUAACAUUAGAGAUAAAGUGAAUGUUGCAUCUUUACUUAUGGUAGUUUUGAUGGGUAAAAUGGAAUAUGCAACUGAUAUACUAAUGAAUCUUUUACUCAGACUUAUUGAAAAAGCAGUGAACACUAAACAUCCACAGCUGAUGCUGAGAAGGACAGAAUCUGUGGUGGAGAAGAUGCUUACAAACUGGAUGGCGCUUUGUAUGUACAAUUACCUAAAAGACUAUGCUGGUUCCUCACUAUUUUUACUUUUCAAGGCAAUAAAACAUCAGAUAGAAAAAGGCCCUGUGGACGUAAUAACGCACGACGCCAGAUACUCAUUGUCUGAAGAGAGAUUGCUCCGAGAGCAGAUCGAACAUAGCGUUGUUACCUUGCACGUCGUCCAAGAUGAUCUCGAUGAGAAGAUACAGUGCAAGGUUCUAGAUUGUGAUACUAUAAAUCAAGUGAAAUCCAAGAUUCUAGAUGCUCUCUACAAGAAUACUCCUUUCUCACUGAGGCCGUCCGUCCAUGACGUAGAUUUGGAAUGGAGACAUGGUAGAGGUGGUCAUUUGACCCUUCAGGAUGAAGAUCUCACGACAAAAUGUAGCGGAGAGUGGAAAAAGAUAAACACGUUAGCACACUACGGUGUUAAGGAGUCGGCGGUGAUGUCAUUGAUCCCUAGACAGAACGAUGGCUUUCAUCUUCCAUCCACACCUAAUCACAACUUAAUUAGUCCUAUAAUGUAUAAUCAUCCGGUUAGCGGUUUGUAUUUCGAAUCUCAGCACUCACCGCCAAAUAUAACAGCGAAUGGUGAUGUCGAGAGUGGUCACGGAGGUAAUCAACGAUUGUAUCACUUAGUAAGGCCUAUAGAAGACAGUCAGUAUCCGCCUGGAAUGGGCUUUACGGGAAGCAAGCAUCACCAUCCGGAACGAACACACAAAGCCAUUCCUGAAAUAUUUUUAACGAGACUAUUAUCGACGAAGGGUACUGUACAGAAAUUCGUCGACGAUUUUUUGAACACGAUACUGUCCGCAAACGAGGCAUUGCCCAGUGCUGUAAAGUGGUUGUUCGAUCUUCUCGACGAGGCUGCGAAACAACACGGAAUCGUGGAUCCGGAAGUGCCCCACGCAUGGAAGUCGAAUAGUUUACCGCUUAGGUUUUGGGUGAAUUUUAUUAAGAAUCCAGACUUCAUGUUUGAUAUUAAUAAAUCUACGACCGUCGAUUCCAGCCUGUCCGUGAUAGCACAAACGUUUAUGGAUUCGUGUUCGAUGACAGAGCAUAGGCUAGGGAAGGAUUCGCCCUCUAAUAAGUUACUCUUUGCAAAAGACAUACCACACUACCGAGAGAAAGUAGGUCGUUUUUACACAGAUGUACAGAGACUUCCUCAAAUUACUGAUCAAGAAAUGUCUAGUGCCAUGCAACAGUUAAGUGCGUCGCAUGCAAACGAAUUCGAUGUGAUUGCAGCACUGAAAGAACUUUACAUCUAUGUCAGCAAGUAUUACGAACAAAUCUUAGAGGCCUUGGAGACAGACGCGGGCUGUCGUAAAUUACAUCUAGCCCACAGGCUAGAGAAUGUGGCGUGUACACUCGAGGGUGAAGAAACCAGUGCCUGCUGACACAACCUCCUCACUGCCAUCCCAGGACCCGUCAAUCUCUCCAAAAACACUGACUAGUGCCUCCACUUCAUGCAUCAGAUACACCUCGUUACAUAUGUACAAAUCUACACACCGUGUGAAUAACAAUGCCGUA